UGUGGAAUUGACGGGGCUUAGCUCCUUGCCAGGAAUGCCAUUUCCAUGGGAAGAGAACGUAGAACCCAGUUGAAGUCACAGUCGAGCGCGGAUCACAAAUAUACGUAUCCUUCACUCGUUGUUCUCUUGGAGGACACCACAAUCGCGUCCCCGAGACAGGACCCGCGAUUUCAUUCCAGUUUAAGUCGCUUGGAAUGAGUUAGAGAAACUCUUUCGUAGAGGAAAGAGCACACCUGAAUUUCGGUCCCGCUCAUAUUGCUUCCUGACAUUGGAUCAGAGACAUCGUAGACACAUCACACAACUAGUGGAAGACUGAUUGAUCCUUGGACAUUUCAAAUCGGUACCCAAUCGUGGCGAACAAGUAGCAUUUGCACAUAGAUUAGAAUUUGUGCCUUGAAUCAAGUUCAGUUUGCUUGCAUUUUGUGUGCGUGACAAAAGUCUCCCAACGGACCCCAAAACAAACAGAACAUAAACAAUGGCAGCAUUUAUGGUUGGCAAGAGUCUAAAGGACCGAAGACAACACAAGGCCAUCGAAGAGCUCUUUGACAAUGCCGACAAGAACGGCAAUGGGCGGAUCUCAGUCCAAGAGUACGUGAACAUAUUCAGCGAACAUGGAAUCACCGUAGAUCAAGAGGAGGUGGAAAAGAUCUCUCAAUUGGCCAAUGAUGCCAGAGAGGUCACAAAAGAUGAAUUCAUUGAAUAUGCCAAACGAUCAGACUUCUUCAAGAGCCAAUUGGACAAGACUGACGGUGACUCGGUGGCGGCCAAGCGGGAAGCCGUAGCCAAAGCUGAGCGAGCUUUUAGACUCUUUGACAAAGACAACGACGGAUAUAUCACAAAGGAAGAGUUCCAAAAAAUCUCCAAGAAGCUAAGUCGGGAACAAAUCGAAGCAGUUUUUGCCAAAUUCGACAAGGAUGGCGACGGAGUGUUGAGUUUCGAGGAGUUUCGGAAGAUGCUGAACAAGGACCAUCGAUAGAACCAAAAAAACAAGUUGAUUUUCACAACAGUAGGGAACGGAAUCAAAAAUCUUUGGAAGCAAAAAUCUUUAUCCAGUGCCCUCGCCAUCCCGAAUAUAUUACAAUCACAUUUACUAAUCCAUAAAACUGAAUUUCAGUUUCUUAAGACGAACAGUUGCAGACAAAUGUAAACCAGACAUUAGGAAACUAAUGUAGAGGAACAAGUGAGUCCUUAUUUCCGGCCUGCUUUUUUAACUACCCUGAUGUCAAUUUAAAUGCAAUAGCCAGUAAUCAUGAAUGAAUGACUCUUUUCGUUGCGCUGACUUUCUUAAGUUUCCCAACUCCCAAACGUAAGACACAAAACAAUGGCCAUUUAAAUAUCGAAGCCCCGUAUUUACUCCAUCCAGUAUAAACAGCUUUCUCCUCAUAAAGCAGCUAACCAUUUGUAUCUAACACAUUCAUAAAACCAAUCGAAUAGAAUAAAAGUAUAAAUGUUG